CAGAACUACAGGAUGAUUCUAGCUCUCUAGGGUCCUGGGACUCAGAGCUGAGUGGGCCCAGUCCAUAUCGUCAGGCUGACCGUUAUGGCUUCAUUGGGGGUAACUCAGCUGAACUGGGGUUUACCUUACACAGUUAAUCAGAUCCAGACAGAAACUUGACACAUCACACAGCAGAUCAGAAACAGAAGCAGAUUCAAACUCAGGACUUCUGGCUUCCAGUCCAGGGCACUAUCCACCCAGCUUCUCCUAUGAGUUAUCUGUCUCUGUUUUAGGGGACAACCAAACAGACCUUCCCUAAAUAUACACCCCUCAUCCCGUUAGUCUCAGCAGCUUCUAUCCAUCUUGAAGCCCAAAUCCCUUCCUUUAACUUUGAUCCUGUGUCUGUUGUGUGCCUCCAGGCUUGGUCAACCCCCAGCAGACCUCAUCCGCCAGCGGGAGAUGAAAUGGGUGGAAAUGACCUUACACUGGGAGAAGACCAUGUCUCGACGAUACAAGAAGGUAAAGAUACAAUGCCGAAAGGGCAUCCCCUCAGCCCUGCGUGCCCGGUGUUGGCCCCUAUUGUGUGGGGCCCAGAUUUGUCAGAAGAACAACCCUGGCACCUAUCAGGAGCUGGCAGUGGCCCCAGGAGACCCGCAGUGGAUGGAGACCAUUGGCAGGGACUUGCACCGUCAGUUUCCUCUGCACGAGAUGUUUGUAUCACCCCAGGGACACGGGUACGAGGCCAGGGAUACCCAGUGACACCAAGUCCCCAUGCUAGAUUCUUUAGUUCUACUUUUAUAUCCUUGGAUGAGGGAGACUAUGGGCUGGACAGAGGCCACAGAAGGCAGGAAGGGGAUGCCUGGGAGGCUAGCCUUAAUAAGAUCUUCUGGCACAGGCAGCAGGGGCUGCUGCAGGUUCUCAAGGCCUACACCCUGUACCGGCCAGAGCAGGGAUAUUGCCAGGCUCAGGGACCUGUGGCUGCUGUACUGCUCAUGCAUCUGCCCCCAGAGGAAGCCUUCUGGUGCUUGGUGCAGAUCUGCGAGGUCUACCUUCCUGGCUACUAUGGUCCCCACAUGGAAGCUGUACAGCUGGAUGCUGAAGUGUUCAUGGCCCUUCUGCGGCGGCUGCUCCCACGUGUGUACAAGCACUUGCAGCAGGUAGGCGUCGGCCCCCUGCUCUACCUACCUGAGUGGUUCCUGUGUCUCUUCACUCGAUCACUGCCCUUCCCCACGGUGCUGCGUAUCUGGGAUGCCUUCCUUAGUGAAGGUGCUAAGGUACUGUUCCGCGUGGGGCUGACACUGAUGCGCCUGGCACUGGGCACUGUAGAACAGCGCAGAGCGUGCCCAGGGCUCCUGGAAACACUGGGAGCCCUACGAUCCAUCCCCCCUACCCAGCUGCAGGAAGAGGUCUUCAUGUCCCAGGUGCACAACGUAGCCCUGUCUGAGCGAGACCUGCAACGGGAAAUCAGGAUCCAGCUGGCCCAGCUGCCAAAGUCAUCACCUGGGCCAGCCCCUCUGCCACAGGCCCGCCUUCCUGGGGCCCAAGCCAUCUUUGAGUCCCAGCAGCUGGCCGGGGUGCGAGGAGACACCAAACCUGAGAUACCUCGAAUUGUGGUGCAGCCCCCAGAGGAGCCAAGCCCACCACGGCGGAAGCCACAGACCCGCGGCAAGACUUUCCAUGGGCUCCUGAUAAGGGCCAGGGGACCCCCUAUUGAGGGUCCCUCCAGGUCCCACCGAGGCUCUGCCUCUUUCCUGGACACCCGAUUCUAAGUGCACCAUGCACUUAGUGCCACCAAAUCUCAGUCAUCUGAACAGUGAUGCCAGCCUUAGAAAUGUGUACUGUACUUUACUGCUGGGCUGUAUGACCGCUGUUUCCAGCAAGGACCACCUCGGGAAGUGGAGUAUCUCCCCACUUUAAGGACUGUGUCAGGCACAAAUAUAAAGGAAGGAUACUGAGUGGAGCUUGUGGGGAGCUGUUUGGUGCCAACCAUUGCCACCAUCAAAACCAGUGCUGAAGGAUUGUGGGAAUAAAACUUCUGGCUGAGAUAUGGUACCCCAUGGGCUUCUUGCAAGGGAAUCCUCAAAUAAAGCCUGACUGAGAAGAUACUGGAUAAA